UCACUAAAAUCACCCCCUUUCUCUUUCUUCUCAGAGGCUCCUCUCUUCUUCUCUUUCUCAUCUUCACUCCCCAGUGAGAAAAAAAAAACCUAAUUCUGAAAUUUUGUUAUUAUAUGGUUGGAAAUACAAAACCCUACUCUGUUCUUCGGGACGCCAUUAACAGUCUCGGAGUUCAUUAGGCAGAGUAAGGUUACAGCUCUUGUAACCAUUUUCUAAGUUUGAAGUCUUUGGCUGCUGUGUUCGAGUUCGCUAAGAUAUGGUGAAAGAAAACAUGCUUCCUUCUAUCUCGGAGGAAUGUACUGCCCGAAUGACAAGAUCUCGAGCUGCAGCUAGUCGUGCAUCUAGUGUGACGCUCCCCCCUAAAGCACCCACAAAACAGGAAAUGAAGAAAGUAACUCGUGGUAACUCUAAGCGACCUGCUUCGGAUGAGAACAACCCGACUGGUCUUCAAAAUAAAAGGAGGGCAGUGUUUAAGGAUGUAACUAAUGUCUUGUGCGAUACUUCUUACAGGAAUUGCUUCAAUGCAUCUAAAAUUCAGACUAAGAACAAAAUUCAGGCUAAAAGGGUUCCUGCGGCGAAGACUUCCAAGGUGACUCCUGCCCCUGGUGUUUCCUUGAAAAUUUUGCAGGAUCAAGAGGAUACAAGAAAAUACAAGGUUGAGGAAGAGACGGGAAAAUCUGGCUUUGAUACACAAGGAAGUAUGUUUUCACUGAAAUCUGAAGGUAUUGAAGAAAUGCAGCAAAGUACGGAGAGUGACAUAAGAGGGUGCAGUUUAGCUGACCUUCGUCUUGAAGAACAGAUAUCUAGAAAGCCUACUCCUUGCAUGAAAGACAAAGUUGAGGUUGGUGAGAAUUAUGGAAAUGGUCCAGAGAUUACAGACAUCGAUUCCGACCAUGAAGAUCCUCUGAUGUGCAGCCUCUAUGCACCAGAUAUCUACAGAAAUUUACAUGUUGCAGAGCUUAUUCGAAGACCUAGUUCUAAUUUCAUGGAAACUUUACAACGGGAUAUCAGUCAAAGCAUGCGGGGCAUUCUAAUCGAUUGGCUGGUGGAGGUGUCUGAGGAAUAUAAGUUAGCUUCAGAUACACUCUACCUAACUGUAUAUUUCAUCGAUCGGUUUCUGUCUCAAAAUUUCAUUGAAAGGCAAAGGCUUCAACUACUUGGGAUCACUUGCAUGCUCAUUGCCUCGAAGUACGAAGAGAUUUGUGCCCCUCGUGUCGAAGAAUUCUGUUUCAUCACAGAUAAUACAUACUCACGGGCCGAGGUACUGAAAAUGGAGAGUGAAGUACUAAACUAUCUAAGUUUUCAGUUAUCAGCACCUACAGUUAAAACGUUUCUUCGAAGAUUUCUUCACGCGGCACAUGCUUUUCAUAAGGUUCCUUCUGUCGAGUUGGAUUACUUGGCUUAUUAUUUAGCAGAAUUAACAUUGGUUGAUUACUCUUUCUUGAAAUUCCUUCCUUCAUUAGUAGCUGCAUCUGCAGUAUUUCUUGCCCAAUGGACUUUAGAUCAAUCAAGCUAUCCCUGGAAUUCGACUCUAGAACACUACACCAAUUAUAAAGUACCAGAUAUGAAGAUUACAGUUCUAGCACUACAAGAAUUGCAAUUGAAUACAAGCUCCUGUCCUUUGAAUGCUGUAAGGGAAAAGUACAAGAACCAAAAGUACAAGUCUGUUGCUACUAUGACAUCUCCGAAAACACUUCACAAGCUCUUCUAAAGAUUUCGUAGCUGAUUUCAUUCUCACUAGACUGCUAACAUCUGGUUAUCAGUCCGGAGUCUCUUCUGGACGUCGGUACUUCUCAGGGAACUUGUACUUGAUAUCUAAUCUUAACCUUCAAAGUCCAUUCUUUUCUUCUUUCUCUUUUUUCUCCAACCUUUUGUUCUUGUUUAUUGGUGUUGUUGUCACCUUUUCUCAUCUCUUAUUGUUUCUGGUUCUUCCAAACCCGACCUUGUAAUUUGGAGUUAGGAAUGAGUGGGCAUAUAGUGAUUAGAAGCUAAACUGCCCAAAAAUCACUAAUUUGUGUCGAGGUUUAGUUUCCUCUAUUUCUCAUCAAUGUAAAGAAGUCAGUCUCUCAUAGUUGAGCCGUUUUAAUAUGUUCGGUUGUAACAGGGAAUGUAACUAGUUGAAGAUAAUUUUUGUACCCGAACUCGUCCUAAUUUCUAUAAAUGAUCUCUUUAUACUGUUC